UGACUUUCAUCUGCAGCUCUGUUCCAUUACAGUAGAGUAAUGGAACAGAGCCUCGUCCUCUGUGCACAUGUGCAAAGCCCAACCCUCCCCCUUCCUCCUACAUGUGUCUUUCCGUUUAGUCGUACUUCAUCUCACCACUGCUCCACACUCCCUUGCUGACAUUGUAACUGUGCCUGUCAACGACCGAUCAUCUCAGCCAGGGCAAAGACAAAACGAACACAGAGAGAUUGGCUAAAGGUCGUCCAGUUUAGAACUCAUCUGAGAGCACCAUGUGCUCCUCCUCUGACCCUCCUGGACUGAACUCUGAUACAGCUCUGGAAUGAGUCGGAAACUUUUCACCCAGUGGACUGCUUUCUUUUACCACCGAGACACACCUUUUACCAGAAACAACAGGAUGUAGCAGGCAGGGGUCACACCCACAUCUGUGUGAUAGACCAGAUCUGACUCUGCCUCCCACAGAGUAAAUCUAUGAAGGGAUACACUAUUUACCUCCUAUAGUGCAAGUGAAUUUCAAACCAGGAAAGUGGCAGAAUCCAAAAAUGAACAACACAACCAACAACUCAGCUGUGUGCGUUAAAAUCGGGGAGAGCGUCAUCAGUGACCUCCUGAUGUCUGUUUACAUCCUGGUCUUUAUUUUUGGUUUGAUCUUUAACGUGGUGACCCUGGGCCCUAUUUGGCAACAGGUGCGGCGGCAAAACAUUUUGGGAAUCUUCCUGCUCAAUCUGUCACUCUCAGACUUUCUUUACAUCUUCACCAUGCCCCUUUGGAUCAAUUACUACCACCAGGACCACAAUUGGCGUUUGGGUGUUAUGUCCUGCAGUAUAGCUGGCUUUUUCUACUACUCCAACAUGUACAUCAGCAUCUACCUGCUCUGCUGCAUCUCUGUGGAUCGCUGCCUGGUGGUCACAUUUCCACUCCGUUUUAAGGCCCACCGCACGUCACGCUACGCCUGGGCACAGUGUAUCGGGGUUUACGUUGUUGUGGUGGUGAUGCACAUCAUGGUGCUGAUCCAUGAUAAUCUCAUAGACGCCCACGAUGACGUGAACAGCAACGACCGUUGCUAUGAGACCUACCCUAUGCAGUGGCCUGUUGCCUUAUUCAACCUGAUCCGAGUGGCCAUUGGCUUCCUGCUGCCCCUGCUGGUGUUGACGGUGAGCUACUGGAGAGUGCUGGCUACUGUGGGCCAGAGUCCUGGGCUGAGUCUCCAGGCCAAGCGGAAGGUCCGCCUUCUUUCCUUUGGCGUGAUUGGCAUCUUCUCAAUUUGCUUUGCUCCAUACCACAUUCUCCUGCUCAUACGUUCACUAGUCUUCUAUUACAGUGAGAACCCACAGCCUGGUGGGUACUACUGCCAGUUUGAGGAAAAAAUGCACUUCUUUUUCUCAUGCACACUGGCACUGUCCAGUCUGAACUGUGUGGUGGACCCCGUGCUGUAUGCGUUGGUCAGCAAUGGAGUCCGGGAGGAGGCAAAACUGUUCUGGCAGAGGUACAGAAAGACACAGGCUACAGAGAGCUAUACUCUAGCUUCAUCUAACAGAGGAAAGGCCAAUAAUAAUUUAAUAUGAAGUGUUUGUGUGUGUGUGUGUGUGUGUGUGUGCAUAAUGCAUGUACAUUAUUAUGCAUAAACCAAGGUUUGUUAGCCUGUAAGUAGCAAGAUUAUAUAUUAUCAGAUAUCAGAUACAUUAUCAGAUAUCCUUUCAAAGGACCAAAUUUCCACCUUUGUCCAUCCGUUUAUUUUGAUACUUUUCAUACUCAUAUCCAGCACAGUGUAGAAGUGGAGGGUGAAAAAACCAUGCAUCUCCAAGAUCUUGAAUUGGAUUGUAAUCCCACGUUCUGUGCUCCACUGGGGCUGAAGAGCCCUUGUGUUUUUUUGUUUGUUUCUUUGUUUGU